AUGCCGUCUGCCCUCUCACUUCAAACCAUGCGGCCGGCCACCGGGCUUGGGCUCCGUCACGGAUCGCCGCCGUGCCACGCUCCGUCGCUGCAAUCGCGGAGGCCGCGGGCCACAGUGACAAUGGGAUGCGGCGCCUUCCAGCGGGACCACUACGGCGGAGCGCUGGUGGACGAGGGCAUGACGGUGCUGCGGCGGAAGAUCCGGGAGGCGCGGAUGGCGGAGACCAACUACGAGGCGCCGUCGGGGUGGGCAUCGUGGGAGAAGCGCUACUACCCGGCGUACGUCUCCGACGUGUCCGCCCUUGCCGGCACGCUGCAGCUGAUGCUCAUGGGCACCAGGCCCGGCGUCGCCGUCGCCGUGGCCGCGCUAGUGCUCGGCGGCCUGCCGGUCUCUGCCGCAGUCGCCCUGCACCUCCUCGGGCAGGCGGCGGGAACCGUUUUGCAACACGUUUCUUGACUGGUUCGCCGUGAUUUCUUUACGUAGAUCAAGUAGUGCGACGGAUCGAUUGAUAUGAUGGACAUAUGAUUCGUCUGGUUUUCACUAAGCCGAUUACCGAUACUCCUAUAUACAUUCGUUUGGAGUAGUAAAUAGUUCGUUUGCAUUAAUUUAGUUGUCUGAUGAUACUGAAUAGUUGGAAGAAACAGUCGAUGAGAGCUUGUCAAAUUAAUAUUUUCAACAAGCAUGCAAACAAUUUUCAAGUUGAACGGUUGUUCGGGACCUCGAAAGAAGAAAGAGAUAAAUAGUUGCUUA